AUGUCGUCCUCCCCGUCCCCCUCAUCCCAGCCCACUACACGCUCCCGCACAGGCCUCUUCAUCUCAUACAGGGACUCUCGCGCCCCCUCGUCCCGCUUUUCUAGGCCCCAGUCCUCAUACGAUGAAGCUUAUGGCGACGAUUCAGAAAACGAGAGGCUCAUAGGCUCCAGCUCUCGUCACGUAGCCAUCGACGUCAACUUGCCCCCCAAAUGGGUUGACGUCUCGGACGAAGUCGAGGAAAUACUAGGAGGCACGCAGCUCAAGAUCGCGUCCCUCGAAAAGCUGCACGCAAAGCACGCUCUGCCCGGCUUCGCGGACCGCACUGCUGAAGAGAGGGAAAUUGAGACCGCGACGACCGAAAUCACCAGGGACUUCCGCAGAUGUCAGGCCCUGAUCCAGCGGAUUGAGGCAGAUCAGAAGCAUGCCUUUCCCCCCGGGCGCAGUGCCUCCUCGCACGAACUCAAAGCUGCGAAGAACGUCCAGCGUGGGCUCGCGGCUAAAGUGCAGGACCUCAGCUCGACGUUCCGCAAGAAGCAGCGCGUAUAUUUGGAGAGAAUACAGGGCCAUGCGAUCAAGAAUCAGGACUUGCUCAUCGCGUCAGGGGCCAUCUCGUCGAGAGGCGUGGACGCGAUGACGGCGUUGGACGAUGACAUUGAAGCCGCUAAUCAGAGUCAAGUGCAGGCGACGGAGAGCGCGCCGGCUCACGACUUCCAGCAGCGCAACCGCGAGCUCACAGAGAUUGCGAGCUCGAUCGCGCAGCUCGCUGAGCUGUUCAAGGACCUCUCGGUCCUCGUCAUCGAUCAGGGCACGCUGCUCGACAGUGUCGAGUACAACAUCGAGCAGACGGCGGCGCAGGUCUCCGAGGCCGUUCAAGAGCUGAAUGUGGCUACGAGAUACCAGAAGAACACUGGGCGCCGGAAGAUCAUCUUCCUCCUCCUGCUGAUCAUCUUUGGGCUGAUUAUCGUGCUGAUAUUCAAGCCGCGCCGCCACGCGUCUGAUUCGGACUUGUCUUCUACGUCUACGUCUACUGGUGCUUCUUCGGUAUCCGAAGAUGCGUCUGUGUCGCUCAAGGACCCUUUGCCCCCGUUUGAAGAGGACACGUUUAGAUCUCCUGUAUCGGUACUAUUCGAGCGUGCACGGACACCUUUUUUACAUUUACAUUCGGAUUCUGGGGAUUCGUUCCGAUAA